AUGUCUCAGUGGAAUCAAGUCCAACAGUUAGAAAUCAAGUUUUUGGAACAAGUAGACCAGUUCUAUGAUGACAACUUUCCGAUGGAAAUCCGACACCUGCUGGCCCAGUGGAUUGAGAACCAGGACUGGGAGGCAGCUUCUAACAACGAAACCAUGGCAACCAUUCUUCUUCAAAACUUGCUAAUACAACUGGAUGACCAGUUAGGUCGAGUUUCCAAAGAGAAAAACCUGCUCUUGAUUCACAAUCUGAAAAGAAUUCGGAAAGUCCUGCAGGGAAAAUUUCAUGGAAAUCCAAUGCAUGUAGCUGUAGUUAUUUCAAAUUGCUUAAGGGAAGAGAGGAGAAUAUUGGCUGCUGCCAACAUGCCCGUUCAGGGACCUCUGGAGAAAUCCUUGCAAAGCUCUUCCGUUUCGGAAAGACAGAGGAACGUGGAGCACAAAGUGGCCGCCAUUAAGAACAGCGUGCAGAUAACAGAACAAGACACCAAAUAUUUAGAAGACCUGCAAGAUGAAUUUGACUACAGGUAUAAAACGAUUCAGAUGAUGGAUCAGGGUGACAAGAACAAUGCCCUGAUGAGCCAGGAGGUGCUGACUCUGCAAGAAAUGCUCAACAGCCUGGACUUCAAGAGGAAGGAAGCGCUGGGCAAGCUGACCCAAAUAGUCGGCGAGUCAGACCUGCUGAUGAGCAGCCUGCUGGCGGAGGAGCUGCAGGACUGGAAGCGGCGGCAGCAGGUCGCCUGCAUCGGGGGUCCACUCCACAGCGGGCUGGACCAGCUCCAGAACUGCUUCACGCUGUUGGCGGAAAGUCUGUUCCAACUCAAACGGCAGCUGGAGAAGCUGGAGGAGCAGUCGUCCAAGGUGACGUACGAAGGGGACCCCAUCCCCCUGCAGAGGCCACACCUGCUCGAGAGGGUCACCUUCUUGAUCUGCAGCAUUUUUAAGAACUCGUUUGUGGUGGAGCGGCAGCCCUGCAUGCCCACCCACCCGCAGAGGCCGAUGGUGCUGAAGACGCUCAUCCAGUUCACGGCGAAGCUGAGACUACUAAUAAAACUGCCAGAACUAAAUUAUCAGGUAAAGGUGAAAGCAUCGAUUGACAAGAAUGUUUCCACUCUAAGUAACCGCAGGUUUGUGCUGUGUGGAACGCACGUCAAAGCCAUGUCCAUCGAAGAAUCUUCCAAUGGGAGCCUCUCGGUAGAGUUCCGCCAUUUGCAACCAAAGGAAAUGAAGUCCACUGCCGGAAGCAAAGGAAAUGAGGGCUGCCACAUGGUGACGGAGGAGCUUCACUCCAUCACCUUUGAAGCACAGAUCUGCCUCUAUGGCCUGACGAUCGAUCUGGAGACCAGCUCCUUACCCGUGGUGAUGAUUUCCAAUGUCAGCCAGUUACCUAAUGCGUGGGCAUCCAUCAUCUGGUACAAUGUGUCAACCAAUGAUUCCCAGAACUUGGUUUUCUUUAACAACCCUCCCCCGGCCACGCUGAGCCAGCUCCUGGAGGUGAUGAGCUGGCAGUUCUCCUCAUACGUGGGGCGUGGCCUGAACUCCGAUCAGCUCAACAUGCUGGCCGAGAAGCUGACAGUCCAGUCCAGCUACAGUGAUGGUCAUCUCACCUGGUCCAAGUUCUGCAAGGAGCACUUACCUGGCAAAUCCUUCACCUUCUGGACGUGGCUUGAAGCAAUAUUAGAUCUCAUUAAGAAGCACAUUCUUCCCCUUUGGAUCGAUGGGUGUGUCAUGGGCUUUGGGAUCACCUUCACGUGGGUGGACCACGCUGAGAGCGGAGAAGUGAGGUUCCACUCUGUGGAGCCCUACAAUAAGGGCCGGCUGUCGGCGCUGCCCUUCGCCGACAUCCUCCGUGACUACAAGGUUAUUAUGGCCGAAAACAUCCCUGAAAACCCCCUGAAGUACCUCUAUCCCGACAUCCCCAAGGACAAAGCCUUCGGGAAACACUACAGCUCCCAGCCCUGCGAAGUUUCACGACCGACAGAAAAGGGGGACAAAGGUUAUGUUCCUUCUGUUUUUAUCCCCAUCUCGACAAUCCGAAGCGAUUCAACCGAGCCACAGUCUCCAUCAGACCUUCUUCCGAUGUCGCCCAGUGUGUACGCGGUGCUGAGAGAAAACCUGAGUCCCACGACGAUCGAAACCGCAAUGAAGUCUCCCUAUUCUGCUGAAUGACAGGAUCAACUCCUGACACGCACAGGAAAGAAGCAAAGGGAACCUGAAAGACUGAUGUCUGCCAGCACUCACAUCUUCUUUCUUCAGCUCUGUAUAUGCCCCAUGGUUCAAGCUCUCCUCUCGCUGGCACCCCUAAACCAAAGCUUCAGAUAAACUUGCAAGAUAAGAGACUUUUAAAAACCAAGUGUUAAUAUGAUAUGAACCAAAGACUCAUUUGUUCAUCCGUGUUGCAGCUCUGACUUUGUUUCUCCUGUGUUACUGAUGACUUUGGCCCUAGAAGGCUCAAGGUUAAGAUUUCAGAAUAGGGGUCCUGAUACAUGGUGGCAGGAGAAGACUUGACUUUGGGUGGUGGGCACGUGGUACAAUAUACAGAUCCUGUAACAU